AAUGUCAACGUCAUUCAUAUCAGUGUUUCCACUUUUAAGGCUUUCGCUUUUUUUAAGGCCGAAUACAAUAGUAUGUUUCAGGGUUUUUAUAUUUUUAAUGAUUAAGGAUAUACUUUAUCCUAAUAAAGUAGCAUAAAAAUGGCAAAAUAUUUUUCAUAGAGCCUUUUUAUGCUAAUGUGUGCACUGGGUUCCAGAAAUUUUUUAUAUAUACCAAUUCGCUAUAAGCAAAUGAGAAUACUGAUUUCGUUUGUUAAUGCAUGCAUAUUUCAGAAUAUGGUCUUGUUGUAUUCUAGUAAUAUACGUAUACGCAUAGUAUAGUUGUGUAAUUGCUCAUUUUAAUUAUAUUAACAAACAAAAAUUUGAGUGUGAAUUUAGCGUAAACGAAUUAAAAAUAUGGAAGAGACUAAAGGACAUAGAAUCAUCUAAGAAAUAAAAAAAUAAAUGCAAUGAUUAAAAAGUUCAUAGUUGGAAUGUACUGUUUAAACCUUGGCUGAAAUAUUAAUCAACAUAAAUAAUAUUAGAGAUUAUAUGAAAAUAAAAUCACAUUUUUUAACUAUAAUAUUUUUAAAUGUAUUCCCAAACAAAUAAACAAAUAAACUUUGCAGGUUCACCAGAAAUUAUUUAUUUUCUGAUGGACAAAAUGUGUCCGAUAAAUUAGAUAAUAUUGACAAUAUGUUGAACGAAUGUCGUAUCAUAUAAGUAUUGUCAGUUUUGUAGUUCAUCGACUAAAGGAACGUAAAGCGUCAGAUAUUUACCUAUCUUUACUCUAUCUAUAAAGUACAUUUUUAAAUAUUAAUUUUAGGUAGAUAAAGCAAUUACAAAAUUUUUAUGGCAAAAUCGGAAACGAAUGUGGAAACACUGAUUUUAAACCUUUUUUAUCUAUGGUUAGCCAUUUUGGAUUUUGCUAAAGUGUAAAUGAAUAGUUCAAAAGAAAUGUUUUUUGACUACCUGUGAUUUUCCAAUAAUAUCAACUAUUCAAAUAUCAACUGCAGUUUGCAAAUCUAGUCCAGGUGUCGAUUUGAACGCUAAUGUGUACUUGUAUAAGCAAAACUGUGCCUUGUCGAUCAGCUGUCAGGGACCUUUGACGUGUAGAACACAAACAAAUCUUAUAAAAUUGGUUUGCUAUGCUGUUGUCGAGAUGAACGGAACCUUUUACGAGCAGCUGGGUGGCGUUGCCGGUAUGUUUGAACAGUGGGGUGCUUGUGAGAAGACGGUGUUGGCAUGUGCCCUAGCUAGGCGAGUUCCGUGGCCUGGGCUAAAGUUAGUACAGCGAGCAGUGGAGGCGGCGCUACAGAAUCACGUCGAAGAUGAAAGACUUGAACGUGAUGCAAAUGAUGAGACUUUAUUGGCAAACCUGUUAACGCCAAGACCAGACGAUACUGACGAUGAAGGAGGUGACCAACUGCGACAGCUAUUGACACUAUUGCCCUUAUUGAGGAUAGAUAAUGAGCGAGCCAAAGAUGUAUACAUGACUGCCACACCAGCUCUAGUCCAGCGAUGUGUGGAUGCACCACGACGAUCCUGUAUUGUAGUUGACUUGUGCAGACAGCUACUAACCUAUUUAUUAGUUCACCCAGCACUGACGCAUAAUGACCAAAGCACUUUGACACAAUGGCUACGCUAUUUAGAAAAUCAUAUUUCGGGUAAUAGAAACACAGAAUCACUUUGGCAUCCAAGAGUAGAUCCAUGCUUAUUACCAGAGAACAAUAUUUGGAGUUCAAAUAAUACAUUCAGAAGAACUAUUGGUAAAAAUGUUGAAUUCAGAGGCUUGAUUGACACAAUGGACCCAUGUUACACUGACAUAUUGCAAGAGUCAUUUUCAAAGAAUGGCAGGGAUGUGGAUCUUAGCUUAGAUUUCGAAAAGCUCAAUUUUGACUUAGCAAUAUCACAGCCUAAAUCUCAAAGAUCCAAUAGUCUGACACCACCUUCAAGCAAUUUCACACAAAUGUCUUCCUCUGCUGAAAAUCUUAGUGAUGAGCCAUUUGUACAAAAGCCGCGGAGUUUCUCACUGUCCAGUGAGCACAGUUUGGGACAGAUUAGGCCGAUCAGUAUAUUGUAUGGAACAACAGGUAGUGAGACACGGUUGGAUGAUCUCAAAUCUAAUAAUUACACAGAACAUGCAGGAAUGUCAACGGUAACACAGUGGCUGAAGAGUUUGAGGUUACAUAAAUAUGUUUGGUUAUUUACCAAUAUCUCAUACGAGCAAAUGAUGGCGAUAGAUGAAAAGUAUCUUGAAGAAUUAGGUGUUACAAAAGGAGCACGGCACAAAUUACUCCUGUCGAUCAAGAAGUUGAAUGAACGCGCGUCGAUAUUGGAAGCAGUUGAGAGUGAGCUAGCGGCAGGAGUGACGGCGGCUGCAGCGGCCCGUGCUCUCGAACGACUUCGGGGCGUGUUGUUGAGCCCUAUGUUGCCUGCGUCUGACUUACCUGUCGCUAUAGUCAGGACUUUGGACUUGGGUAAGUCCUCUUCUUGUUUGUACACUUUUGAGUUUCGAUUUGGUUUUGAAAUCCAGUUUUUGAUCUGAUGUUUCUAUAAAACCGACCAAAUGCGAGUCGGAUUGAUGCGCGAAGGUUUCGGUCAAAAAAUGUUGUAUGCCCAAUAAAUAUUUGUUUAAUUUUAAUUUAAUAAUUUAUAUUUAGCUUCUACCAGUUGUCUUUAUUAAUAUCGGGCAAAAACUAGCAAAAAUAAACUCACAUUUGUUGUAUGGCUCCCUUAAAUAUGUAUUUUAUUCUGGUUUUUAGUGUUUGUUGUUGAAGCAGCAAAUAAUUUUUUUUUUGAGGACAAUUAGAAUAGUCCCUUAGGUGCAAUAUUCAUUAAUUCAUAUAUCAUGUUGAACCCUCAGUUAAAUUCAUUUGCGCCAUUUGUAUGGAU